GACAACUGCAGAUUGUAAAACAACAUCAUGUGAUUCUCACUGAAAAUAUAUUACAUUUGCACGACUGGACACAAGCUCAUUAAAUCUAAAUGCAAUUUGUUCUUGUCGACAACGUAAUUGUGGACGAACAGGAAAUUCCGUUCAGUCAACCAAUAUGGCAUCUGCAAACGACUACAAGAUAACUCGGGAAGAAGCCCUGUCUUUCCUACAAGAUGUCUUGAAUCUUGAGUCCGCACUAUCAAAGCUCAAGACAGAUAAGAUCGCUUUCCUCAACGAAUUCUUCAAAGCUUUCUCGCAUCACGUCCCUUACCAGACUGUCAAAGCUCUUUCAACUCCUCCGGAUGCUCGGAGUUUACCAACAUCAGCCGACAUCAAGAAGAGUGUCACUUCUAAAGAAGGAGGGCUCUGUUAUCAACUCAACCUUUUCGCUUGGAUGCUGCUUUGCGCUCUAGAAUUCGAAGCCCAUCUCGUAUCUGGCGACUGUCUCGUCUACACUGACAUACACGUCGUUGUAAUCAUUGACAAUAUCCUUAAGAAAGGUUCUCGGCACAUUUUUGAUGUCGGGAUGGGUUUUCCUAUACUUCGCUUGGUCCCGCUUGAUUUCGAGCACCAAUCGCCCGUGUAUACCGAUUCCAACACACGGUAUCGAUUCGUACGUCAAGGUCACGUGAUCAUUUAUCAGCUUUGCAAAGAAACCCACCAAUCAGAAGCGAUCUCUCACCGUGAAUACAUCCAAGAUGGCUGGAUUUCAUUCAUCCGCAUUCACGUUGACCAAUCAGUUCCCGUGUCUCAUUUUGACAACAGGAUGACGAAGGUCUUCACGGAGAUAGAUCCGGAUCUUUAUUUCCUCACCAGCUUGCGUUGCCUGGCCUUCCCCAAUGGUCGGCUCGUGUGCAUCAAAGAUGUCAAACUGUUGCUAGAGGACGAAGACCGGCAGGUACAGGUCACGCGGUUCCGGUCACGUGAUGAGGUUCUGGAUGCUUUUUCCCGCCAUUUCCCCCAGUUUCCCAGUGUCAUGGUGAAUGGUGCCAUGGAUAAUGUGAAUAUGCAGUUCAAUAGCAAAUAAAUUCUAAUCGAAUAUUAUCUUUAUCAAGUCUCAAUAACAUUCUCAUCACGUGACCGGAAGCGCGAAAAAUGAAUGAUCGGCAAAUCCUUCUGUUAGUUGGUAGACUAGACCAAUUAUUCAUUUUUUUCGGGUUUCCGGUUGCUUUUUGAGAUUCUGAAUGCCUUUUCUUGCAGGGGUAAUGUAAAUUUCCAGUUCAAUUUCAAAAUUGUAAUUGAAGAUGUAUUCAAUUUAACCGGUCGUUCAUUGUGAACGUAUAGACCAAAUUAAAUUGAUGAGUCAAAUAUCACAAUCCAUUUUCCUUAAAAGCCUUACAAUCAUUGGGCUAAUUACCCUUAAAAUUCAUCACAACCGACUGUAAAAUGUACAACGUUAUAUCUUUCUAAUAGGCCCGAGGCACAUAAAGUUGAGAACUGGCCUGUAUCGAUAAAUUAGCGAUCUUUAUAUUAUCCUCAAAUACUGACCCCCUCCCCCACCCUUUAUUUGGCCAAAUUAAUUUCAAACUCGUAAAUCACCUUUACAAUAUGUGAUUCUUUACUGCAAUUGUUUUUUAUUAUUGUCUUGGUUGUAGUGAGCUUAAUGUUGUUUGCGUUUAAUAAUGCAAAUAUAGGCCUACAAUGAAUAUGAUAACGGUAAAUGCAAGCCCAGUUGGUAACAAUAUAGUGCAAAGCAGUGUGUUCACAGUGUGUUCAUACAACUAACUACGUGGAGGAAUGCGCAAUGUAGAAAUGCAAAAAAAUAAUAAUAUGAAGGUGAUCCACGUGGAGCGUUG